GGCAGCCUGCAGUUGGUCGGGUUUUGAGUUCUCUCUGACACCAGCAAGCCGGCCAGCAGAUGGGGAGAACUGGUGAGGGGCGUGUAGGGGAAUUGAGCAGAGGAGCCAAGGAUCGUCUGAUGAAUCGUCCACGUUAGUAUCCCCCUGGGAGCCCUGGACAGAGCACAGAGGGCAAGGACGGCCCCACUGACAGCAGGAACCGUAGAACUGAGAUGGGUAAUGCAGCUCUCUGCCCGUCUUGUCAUGCGGAUAAGAGUGUAAGAGCACAGGGACACUUGCAGGAGUUGGACAAAACCCCAGACUACUAUGGCUGUAACAGUGAGGACACCGAAGAACUUGGGGUGCGGUCUGACAGCAAUGCAAGCUUCCUCCGUGCUGCCAGAGCAGGCAACUUAGACAAAGUAGUGGAAUAUCUCAAAGGGGGCAUAGACAUCAAUACCUGCAACCAGAAUGGACUCAACGCUCUCCAUCUGGCUGCCAAGGAAGGCCACGUGGGGCUGGUUCACGAGCUGCUGGGAAGAGGGUCCGCUGUGGAUUCUGCCACUAAGAAAGGAAAUACUGCUCUUCACAUUGCAUCUUUGGCUGGACAAGCAGAAGUUGUCAAAGUUCUCGUUAAGGAAGGAGCCAAUAUUAAUGCACAGUCUCAGAAUGGCUUCACUCCUUUAUACAUGGCUGCCCAAGAGAACCACAUUGAUGUUGUAAAAUAUUUGCUGGAAAAUGGAGCUAAUCAGAGCACUGCUACUGAGGAUGGCUUUACGCCCCUGGCGGUGGCGCUCCAGCAAGGACACAACCAAGCAGUGGCCGUCCUCCUGGAGAAUGACACCAAAGGGAAAGUGAGGCUGCCAGCUCUGCAUAUUGCAGCUAGGAAAGAUGACACCAAAUCUGCUGCACUCCUGCUUCAGAACGAUCACAACGCUGACGUACAAUCCAAGAUGAUGGUGAAUAGGACAACCGAGAGCGGUUUCACCCCUUUGCACAUUGCUGCCCACUAUGGAAACGUCAAUGUGGCAACUCUUCUUCUAAACCGGGGAGCUGCUGUGGACUUCACAGCCAGGAAUGGAAUCACUCCUCUGCAUGUGGCUUCCAAAAGGGGAAACACAAACAUGGUGAAGCUCUUACUGGAUCGUGGUGGUCAGAUCGAUGCCAAAACUAGGGAUGGCUUGACGCCCCUUCAUUGCGCUGCAAGAAGUGGACAUGACCAAGUGGUGGAGCUUCUGCUGGAGCGGGGGGCUCCCUUGCUGGCAAGGACGAAGAAUGGGCUGUCUCCGCUUCACAUGGCUGCCCAAGGAGACCACGUGGAAUGUGUGAAGCACCUGCUCCAGCACAAGGCGCCUGUUGAUGACGUCACCCUGGACUACCUGACGGCCCUCCACGUUGCCGCACACUGUGGUCACUACCGUGUAACCAAACUCCUUCUGGACAAGAGAGCCAAUCCAAACGCCAGAGCCCUGAAUGGUUUUACUCCACUGCACAUUGCCUGCAAGAAAAACCGCAUCAAAGUCAUGGAACUGCUGGUGAAAUAUGGGGCUUCAAUCCAAGCUAUAACAGAGUCUGGCCUCACACCAAUACAUGUGGCUGCCUUCAUGGGCCACUUGAACAUUGUCCUUCUUCUGCUGCAGAACGGAGCCUCUCCAGAUGUCACUAACAUUCGUGGGGAGACUGCACUGCACAUGGCAGCCCGGGCGGGGCAGGUGGAAGUGGUCCGAUGCCUCCUGAGAAAUGGUGCCCUUGUCGAUGCCAGAGCCAGGGAGGAACAGACGCCUUUGCAUAUUGCCUCUCGCCUGGGUAAGACAGAAAUUGUUCAGCUGCUUCUACAACAUAUGGCUCAUCCAGAUGCGGCCACUACAAAUGGGUACACACCACUGCACAUCUCUGCCAGGGAAGGCCAGGUAGACGUGGCAUCAGUCCUCCUGGAAGCAGGAGCCGCCCACUCCUUAGCUACCAAGAAGGGUUUCACACCCUUGCACGUAGCAGCUAAGUAUGGAAGCCUGGACGUGGCAAAACUUCUCUUACAACGCCGUGCUGCUGCAGAUUCUGCAGGGAAGAAUGGCCUUACCCCGCUCCAUGUUGCUGCUCAUUAUGACAACCAGAAGGUGGCGCUGCUGUUACUGGAGAAGGGUGCUUCCCCUCAUGCCACUGCCAAGAAUGGCUAUACUCCUUUACAUAUCGCUGCCAAGAAGAAUCAAAUGCAGAUAGCUUCCACACUCCUGAACUACGGAGCAGAGACGAACAUUGUGACAAAGCAAGGAGUCACUCCACUCCAUCUGGCCUCGCAAGAGGGGCACACAGAUAUGGUCACCUUGCUUCUGGAUAAGGGAGCAAAUAUCCACAUGUCAACCAAGAGUGGACUCACAUCCUUACACCUUGCAGCCCAGGAAGAUAAAGUGAAUGUUGCUGAUAUUCUCACCAAGCAUGGGGCUGACCAGGAUGCCCACACAAAGCUUGGUUACACUCCUUUAAUUGUGGCCUGUCACUAUGGAAACGUGAAAAUGGUCAACUUUCUUCUGAAGCAGGGAGCAAAUGUCAAUGCAAAAACCAAGAACGGCUACACGCCUUUGCACCAGGCCGCCCAGCAGGGCCACACGCACAUCAUCAACGUCCUGCUGCCGCACGGGGCCAAGCCCAACGCCACCACCGCGAAUGGCAACACUGCCUUGGCGAUUGCUAAGCGUCUGGGCUACAUCUCCGUGGUGGACACCCUGAAGGUUGUAACCGAGGAGGUCACCACCACCACCACGACUAUCACUGAAAAACACAAGCUAAAUGUUCCUGAGACCAUGACUGAGGUUCUUGAUGUUUCUGAUGAAGAGGCUUUUAAACAGUUUGGUGACCACUUUAUUGAUGGGGAAGUGCUUAGUGAUUCAGGUGAUGACACAAUGACAGGUGAUGGGGGAGAGUACCUUAGACCUGAGGAUCUGAAAGAACUGGGUGAUGACUCCCUACCUAGCAGUCAGUUCCUGGAUGGGAUGAAUUACCUGAGAUACAGCUUGGAGGGAGGACGCUCUGACAGCCUUCGAUCCUUCAGUUCCGACAGGUCUCACACCCUGAGCCAUGCUUCAUACCUGAGGGACAGUGCCAUGAUUGACGACACGGUUGUGAUCCCCAGUCACCAGGUGUCAACUCUAGCCAAGGAGGCAGAAAGGAAUUCUUAUCGUCUAAGCUGGGGCACUGAGAACUUAGACAACGUGGCUCUUUCUUCCAGCCCUAUUCAUUCGGGCCGCACCUCUCCAUGUCUUGAUCGUGACAACAGCAGUUUCCUGGUUAGUUUUAUGGUGGACGCCCGAGGUGGUGCUAUGCGAGGAUGCAGACACAAUGGGCUCCGCAUCAUCAUUCCGCCUCGGAAAUGUACUGCCCCAACACGAGUCACCUGCCGACUGGUCAAACGCCAUAGACUGGCGACAAUGCCUCCAAUGGUGGAAGGAGAAGGCCUGGCCAGUCGCCUGAUUGAAGUUGGACCUUCGGGUGCUCAGUUCCUUGGUAAACUUCACCUGCCAACGGCUCCUCCCCCACUUAAUGAGGGAGAAAGUUUGGUCAGCCGCAUCCUUCAGCUGGGGCCUCCUGGAACCAAAUUCCUUGGGCCUGUGAUCGUGGAGAUCCCUCAUUUUGCUGCCCUUCGAGGAAAAGAGAGGGAACUGGUUGUCCUGCGCAGUGAGAAUGGGGACAGCUGGAAAGAGCAUUACUGCGAAUACACUGAAGACGAACUGAAUGAAAUCCUUAAUGGCAUGGAUGAAGUGCUGGAUAGCCCGGAAGACCUAGAAAAGAAACGGAUCUGCCGCAUCAUCACCCGUGACUUCCCACAGUACUUUGCAGUGGUGUCUCGCAUCAAACAGGACAGCAACCUGAUUGGCCCAGAAGGAGGCGUGCUGAGCAGCACAGUGGUAUCCCAGGUGCAGGCCGUCUUCCCAGAGGGGGCACUAACCAAGCGGAUCCGUGUAGGCCUACAGGCUCAACCUAUGCACAAUGAGUUGGUUAAGAAGAUCCUAGGCAACAAAGCUACCUUCAGCCCUAUAGUCACUUUGGAACCUAGAAGAAGAAAAUUUCACAAGCCAAUUACCAUGACCAUUCCUGUCCCCAAAGCUUCAAGUGAUGUCAUGUUGAAUGGUUUUGGGGGAGAUGCACCAACCUUAAGAUUACUAUGCAGCAUCACAGGUGGAACCACCCCUGCUCAGUGGGAAGAUAUUACAGGAACUACGCCAUUAACAUUUGUCAAUGAAUGUGUUUCCUUUACAACCAAUGUGUCUGCCAGGUUCUGGCUGAUAGAUUGUCGACAAAUCCAGGAGUCUGUUACCUUUGCAUCACAAGUGUAUAGAGAAAUUAUUUGUGUACCAUAUAUGGCCAAAUUUGUAGUGUUUGCCAAAUCACAUGACCCCAUUGAAGCCAGGUUGAGGUGUUUCUGCAUGACUGAUGAUAAAGUGGAUAAGACGCUUGAACAACAAGAAAACUUUGCUGAGGUGGCCAGAAGCAGGGAUGUGGAGGUAUUAGAAGGAAAACCCAUCUAUGUUGAUUGUUUUGGCAACCUGGUGCCGUUAACCAAGAGUGGCCAGCAUCAUAUAUUCAGUUUUUUUGCCUUCAAAGAAAACAGACUUCCUCUCUUUGUCAAGGUACGUGACACAACUCAGGAACCUUGCGGACGACUAUCAUUUAUGAAAGAGCCAAAAUCUACAAGAGGCCUGGUGCAUCAAGCUAUUUGCAACUUAAACAUCACCCUGCCAAUUUAUGCGAAGGAAUCAGAGUCAGAUCAAGAACAGGAGGAAGAGAUCGAUAUGACAUCAGAAAAAAAUGAUGAGACAGAAUCUACAGAAACAUCUGUCCUGAAAAGUCACCUGGUUAAUGAAGUUCCUGUCCUAGCAAGUCCGGACUUGCUCUCUGAAGUUUCUGAGAUGAAACAAGAUUUGAUCAAAAUGACUGCCAUCUUGACCACAGAUGGAUCUGAUAGGGCAGGUUCCCUCAAAGUGAAGGAGCUGGUGAAGGCUGCUGAGGAAGAGCCAGGGGAGCCUUUUGAAAUUGUUGAAAGAGUUAAAGAGGACUUAGAGAAGGUGAAUGAAAUCCUGAGAAGCGGAACCUGCAUGAGAGAUGAAGACAGUGUCCCAAGGUCUCAGCCAGAGAGAGAAUUAGUGGAAGAGGAAUGGGUUAUUGUCAGUGAUGAGGAAAUAGAGGAGGCUAAGCAAAAAGCAUCUCUAGAAAUCACCGAAUACCCAUGUGUAGAAGUUAGAAUAGAGAAAGAGACCAAAGUAAAAGUAGAGAAAGACUCAACAGGGCUAGUGAACUACCUUGCUGAGGAUCUAAAUUCCUACGUGUCUCCUCACAAAGAGCCACUGCAGACAGCGCAAGAUCUGGCAGGGGAGAAACGUGAGGCUCUGGGUCCUUGCAGGAGCUCUGAAAGCGAAGGGAAAGAUAAAGAAGCAUCUUCAGAGGAGACACAGAGUACGCAGAAACAGCCCAAACCAAGCCUGGGCAUAAAGAAGCCAGUGAGAAGGAAAUUAAAAGAAAAACAAAAACAAAAAGAAGAUAGUUCACAAGCUAGUGCAGCAAAAACUGAACUUAAAAAAGGUAGUUCAGAAGAGUCAUUAGAUGAGGACCCAGGUUUAGCCCCCGAGCCUCUUCCCCCUGUAAAAGCUACGUCACCUUUGAUAGAAGAAACUCCCAUUGGUUCCAUAAAGGAGAAGGUGAAGGCCCUUCAAAAACGAGUGGAAGAUGAACAGAAAGGGCGAAGCAAGUUGCCUGUCAGAGUCAAAGGCAAAGAAGAUGUGCCAAAAAAGAUAGCACAGAGGACACAUGUAGCUGCCUCCCCCUCUCUGAAGCCCGAGAGACAUGCGCCAGCGUCACCCUCCUCGAAAACAGAAAGACACUCUUCUCUUUCCUCUUCUGCAAAAACUGAGAGGCACCCUCCAGUAUCACCAGUGAGUAAAACCGAGAAACACUCACCCGUGUCACCCUCCGCCAAAACUGAAAGACACUCCCCUGCAUCCUCUUCUACAAAAACAGAAAGACACCCACCUGUUUCGCCUUCAGGUAAAACAGACAAACGCCCACCCGGCUUGCCCUCUGGGAGAACAGAGAAACAUCCGCCAGUGUCACCUGGCAGAACAGAGAAACGCUUGCUUGUACCACCAGCUGGAAGAAUGGAAAAGCAUUCACCUGUCUCAACCUCUGGGAAAACCGAGAAGCACCUGCCUGUGUCACCUUCUGGGAAAACAGACAAGCAACCACCUGUCUCCCCCACCUCAAAAACAGAAAGAAUCGAGGAGACAAUGUCUGUCCGGGAGCUGAUGAAAGCUUUCCAGUCAGGUCAGGACCCAUCUAAACAUAAGACUGGACUCUUUGAGCACAAAGCAGCAAAACAAAAACAGCCACAAGAAAAAAGCAAAGUUCGGGUAGAAAAAGAAAAGGGGCAGAUAGUAACCCCGAGAGAAACGCAGAAAACGGAGAGUCAGACAAUCAAACGAGGCCAGAGAUUCCUGGUCACGGGACCUUCAGAAUCCAGAAGACCAGUCCGUGCUUCCUCCGUAGGGUUUAAGAGAGAAGAUGUAGCUGAAGAAAAGGAGAAAGCGCUCAACCACAAAACACCUGAACCUGUUCAGCCAGCACCUGAAGAAGAAAGCCAUAAAGAUAGUGAAGUCCCCAAAGAAAAGCUGGCUGAUGAACAGGGAGACAUGGAUCUCCAGAUCAGCCCAGACAGGAAAACCUCCACUGACUUUUCUGACGUCAUUAAGCAGGAACUGGAAGACAACGACAAAUACCAACAGUUCCGCCUGAGUGAAGAGACUGAGAAGGCGCAGAUUCACUUAGACCAAGUGCUCACUAGCCCUUUCAACACAACGUUCCCACUAGAUUACAUGAAAGAUGAGUUCCUCCCAGCCCUGUCUUUACAGAGUGGUGCCUUACAUGGCAGUUCUGAAAGCCUGAAGCAGGAAGGGGUAGCAGGUUCUCCGUGUGGCAGCCUGAUGGAAGGGACCCCUCAGAUUAGUUCAGAAGAAAGCUAUAAGCAUGAGGGCCUAGCAGAGACCCCUGAGACAAGCCCAGAAAGCCUUUCUUUCUCACCAAAGAAAAGUGAGGAGCAAAUUGGGGAAACAAAGGAAACUACCAAGUUAAAAACACCACCAGAAAUUCAUUCCGAAAAAGGACAUCCCUCAACCAAAGAUGUUACUGAUGGUUCUGAAGGGCAAGGUGCUGCAGUCACGGGGGGCACAGAGUCCUCUGCUGAGUGUUUGCUGAAGGAGGUCACCCUAGACCCUUCCAAAGACACAUGCCCCCCACAAGAAGGUGACGGCCUUGGCAGUCAAGGUGUAUCAUUAGCAAAAGAAACAUCCGAAGGACUGACUGAGGAAGUGUCCUGUGAUGAAGGUCCACUUAGAUAUGUUAGUUCUGCCCAUGAGACACAAACUGAUACUGAAGCUCAGGAAUCCACAGCCACCGAGCCCUCAGAUGAGGCAAAGCCCUUGCCGCUGCCUGGUGCUGCUGUAAAGACAGGCCCAAGGGCUGAAUCAAAGCCCCAGGGAGUCAUUAGAAGUCCCCAAGGGUUAGAACUUGCACUCCCUAGCCGUGAUAGCGAGGUCCUCAGCCCUGGGGCUGAUGAAUCCUUCACAGUGAGCCACAAAGACUCCCUGGAAGCCAGCCCAGUGCUGGAAGAUAACUCCUCACACAAAACUCCUGAUUCUCUGGAACCGAGUCCUCUGAAAGAAUCCCCUUGCCGUGAUUCUCUUGAAAGCAGCCCUGUUGAACCAAAGAUGAAGGCUGGAAUUCUGCCGACUCACUUUCCUCUUCCUUCAGCCGUUGCCAAAACAGAACUGUUCACGGAAGUGGCCUCUGUGCGGUCCCGGCUGCUCCGAGACCCGGACGGCAGUGCGGAGGAUGACAGCCUUGAGCAGACGUCACUCAUGGAGAGCUCAGGGAAGAGCCCCCUUUCCCCCGACACCCCCAGCUCCGAAGAAAUCAGCUAUGAGGUCACGCCCAAAACCGCAGAUGCAGGCACCCCAAAACCAGCCGUGAUUCCUGAAUGUGCAGAGGAGGAUGACUCAGAAAAUGGGGAGAGAAAGAGGUUCACACCUGAAGAGGAAAUGUUUAAAAUGGUAACCAAAAUCAAAACGUUUGAUGAACUUGAACAAGAAGCAAAGCAGAAAAGGGACUACAAAAGAGAACCCAAGCAAGAAGAAUCUUCUUCAUCCUCUGAUGCAGAUGUUGACUCUUCAGCAGACAUGGAUGAAACAAAACACACAGAGAGUGUAGCGGAUGAAAGCGAUGUCCCUGUGGUUGUAACAUCAGAGAGCAGAAAGGUUUCUUCCUCCUCAGAAAGUGAACCUGAGUUGACACAGCUGAAAAAAGGUGCUGACUCAGACCUCUUAUCAGAGCCAGUUAUUCGAGUGCAACCCCCUUCCCCACUUCCAUCCAGCAUAGACUCAAAUUCCAGUCCUGAAGAAGUACAAUUCCAGCCUGUCGUUUCCAAACAAUACACUUUUAAGAUGAAUGAAGAUACUCAGGAAGAUUCAGGUAAAUCAGAGGAAGAAAAAGAUCGUGAAUCUCAUUUACCGGAAGACAGUCAUACUGUUUCUACUGAUGGCCCAGAGGUGUCUUAUGAUGAUCUAAACAGAGAUGCUGAUCAACAAAAACUUUGUGAUGACCGUGGGUAUGAAGCAGGGAGUCCCAGCGGCUCAGCCACUCCUGUCUCUUCAGGUCUCCGCAGUUCCACUGGUGAUGAUGUCAGUGAGCAGCUAGUUAUCCACAAGGAAUCAUUAGCUCUCCAAGACACUGGUGAAAAAGAUACAGAAGAAGAAGAAGAGCUUGAUGUUUCUGGAGUCGAAUCUCCACAAGUAGAUUGCCCCAGUGAAAGCUCUUCAUCUUUGUCCUCUUCGCAUCAUUAUCCAGCAUCUGAAGCAAAAGAAUUAGACGAAGACAUAGUCUGUACAUCUUCUGCUACAAAAAUGGAGGUCACAAAACCUGACCAAGCUUUUGAGAGCUUACCAGAGGACCGGCCCACUCAAGACUCAUCCAUUACUACUCAAACUGAUAGAUCGUCCUUGGAUGUUCCAGUGUCUGACCCAGAGGAGACUGAUGAAAUCUCUGAUCCUCAAAUCAUAAGCCCUUAUGAAAAUGUUCCUUCUCAAUCUUUUUUCUCUAGUGAAGAAAGCAAAACCCAAACAGAUACAAGACACACAAGUUUUCACUCUUCUGAAGUGUAUUCCGUUACCAUCACAUCCUCCACUGAAGACGUAGAUGUGACAAGCUCCUCUGGGAGAACUGUUUCGAGUGAAGAAUCUAAUUUGGAGGACCAGAACUUGGACGUAGAACCCAAACAAGAAAGUACCUUGUGGGAAAUGCAGUCGGAUAGAGCCUCGUCAUCUUUAGAGCCAACUGUACCAAAUACAUCAACAGUCGCUGGUGAACAGAGAAGCAAAGUCAUCAUCACAAAAACUGAUGUGGAUUCUGAUUCCUGGAGUGAAAUCCGUGAGGAUGAUGAAGCCUUUGAGGCUCGAGUGAAAGAGGAAGAACAGAAGAUAUUUGGUUUGAUGGUAGACAGACAAUCGCAGGGUACCACCCCUGACACCACUCCUGCUAGGACCCCAACUGAAGAGGGGACCCCAACCAGUGAGCAAAAUCCAUUUCUCUUUCAGGAAGGAAAAUUGUUUGAGAUGACCCGAAGUGGUGCCAUUGAUAUGACCAAAAGGUCCUAUGCAGAUGAAAGUUUUCACUUUUUCCAAAUUGGGCAAGAAUCCAGGGAAGAGACUCUCUCUGAAGACACGAGAGAAGGGGGUACUGGUGCUGAGACCCUACAGCUGGAGACAUCAGCUGAGUCAUUAGCACUCUUAGAAUCGAAAGAAACAGUGGAUGACGAAGCAGAGCUACUCCCAGAUGACCUGAGUGAGGAAGUAGAAGAAAUACACGCUUCAGAUGCUCCACUUAACUCCCAAAUGGGGAUUUCAGCCUCCAUUGAAACAUCAAUGAAAGAGGCAACUUCUGUGGGAGCUGAGGACCUCCCCCCCAUGGGAAUGGGUGACACACCUCCCCUGUCCAGUGUGAAGCAGACAGCUUGCCCCGACUCCCCUAAACCAGUUGGACAAGUUCAGUUAGAUUUUUCCACAGUCACUAGGUCUGUGUAUGCAGAUCGGGGUGAUGAUUCUCCCGAUUCAUCCCCAGAGGAACAGAAAUCAGUCAUUGAAAUCCCUACUGCACCCGUGGAGAAUGUGCCUUCUACUGAAAGCAGAUCCAAAAUCCCUGUAAGGACUAUACCCACUUCAACCCCAGCACCUCCAUCUGUGGAGUAUGAGAGCUCCCUUUCUGAAGAUUUCCUACCCAGCCUGAAUGAGGAAAGUAAAGAGGACAAAACAAAACCAAAGUCUAAAAUCCCCAUGAAAGUGCCCGUCCAAAGAGUCGAGCAGCAGCCUUCGCAUCUAGACCUGUCUCUACAGAAAACAGAGGCUCCUCAGGGACAGGACAGGACAAGCAGAGCACCAAGUAAUAGAAGCAAACCUGAAUCUGAUGCCAGUUUGGAUGCAAAGACCAAAUGUCCAGUAAAAACUAGAAGUUACAUUGAGACAGAAACAGAAAGCACAGAGUGGGCAGAGGAGCUUGAGUUAGAAUCAGAGGAAGCGGCCACAAAACCAAAGAUAUUUGCAUCCCGAUUGCCAGUAAAGAGCAAAAGCACCACUUCUUCCUGCAGGGGGCCCACGAGCCCCACGAAAGAAAGUAGGGAGCAUUUCUUUGACCUUUACAGGAACUCCAUAGAAUUCUUUGAGGAGAUUAGUGACGAGGCUUCCAAGUUAGUGGAUAGACUUACACAGUCAGAAAGGGAACAGGAGUUAGUUUCAGAUGACGAAAGUAGUAGUGCCCUGGAAGUUUCAGUAAUUGAAAAUCUGCCACCUGUUGAGACCGAGAACUCAAUUCCUGAGGACAUCUUUGACACAAGGCCCAUUUGGGAUGAGUCCAUUGAGACUCUGAUUGAACGCAUCCCUGAUGAAAAUGGCCAUGACCAUGCUGAAGAUCAACAGGAUGAGCAGGAACGGAUUGAGGAAAGGCUGGCUUAUAUUGCUGAUCACCUUGGUUUCAGCUGGACAGAAUUAGCAAGAGAACUGGAUUUCACUGAGGAGCAAAUUCAUCAAAUUCGAAUUGAGAACCCUAACUCCCUCCAAGACCAGAGUCAUGCACUAUUGAAGUACUGGCUAGAAAGGGAUGGGAAACACGCGACAGAUACCAGUCUCAUUGAAUGUCUCACCAAGAUCAACCGAAUGGAUAUUGUUCAUCUCAUGGAGACCAGCACAGAGCCUCUCCAGGAGCACAUCAGUCAUAGCUAUGCAGAGAUUGAACAGACCAUUACACUGGAUCAUAGUGAAGGGUUCUCAGUACUUCAAGAGGAGCUAUGCACUGCGCAGCAUGAGCAGAAAGAGGAGCAAGCUGCUUCUAAAGAGGACGAGUCCUAUGAUCACCCUCCCAUCGUCUCGGAGGAAGACAUUUCUGUCGGUUACUCCCCUUUUCAGGAUAGCAUCUCCAAAACUGAGGGCGACGGCUCAGCAACAGAGCUCCUUCCCCAGACUGACAAGGAGCAAGUUCAACAGGAUUUCUCAGGGAAAAUGCAAGACCUGCCUGAAGAGUCAGCUCUUGAACAGCAGGAAUACUUUGUGACAACCCCAGGGACAGAAGUGUCAGAGACUCAAAAGGCUAUGGCAGCAUCUGGCUCUCCCACCAAGACACCUGAGGAAAUCAGCACCCCUACUGAGGAGGAGAGGCCAUAUCUCCAGACCCCGACAUCAAGUGAGCGGGGAGACUCUCCCAUUGUGCAAGAACCCGAAGAGCCCCCAGAACGUAGGGAGGAGAGUUCGCCUCGAAAAACCAGCCUCGUGAUAGUGGAGUCUGCUGAUGACCAGCCACAGGCCUUUGAAAGGCUCGAUGAAGAUGCUGCUUUUCAAAAGGAGCUAACAGAGGAAUUAGGUGAGCUGGAGGCCAGCUCAGAUGAGGAAGUGAUGCUAUCUACCAGGGUUGUCCGCCGACGAGUGAUUAUUCAGGGAGAUGAUAUGCCUGACAUACCCCCGGAAACAGUCACAGAAGAAGAAUACAUCGAUGAGCAGGGACACACUGUGAUAAAGAAGGUUACUAGGAAAAUCAUUAGGCGGUACGUCUCCUCUGAUGGUACAGAGAAAGAAGAGAUUACGAUGCAGGGAACACCACAGGAUCCCAUCAACAUUGAGGAAGGGGAUGGCUAUUCCAAAGUAAUAAAGCGCAUUGUAUUAAAGAGUGACACUGAACAGUCGGAGGUAACUUUGUCUGAGCCCAGCAUUUUGUCCAGUACCUCACAAUUUCAGGCUGAACCAGUGGAAGGCCGUAGAGUCAGCAAAGUUGUUAAAACAACUGUGGUACAUGGAGAGAGGAUGGAGAAGCAUCUGGGGGAUUCUAGUUUAGCCACUGAUCUUCCUUCAGCCAAAGAUGACUUUGAAGAGGCUUUGAGUUACACAGGUAGCCACAUGAAAGUCCACUCCCCCAGUUUAGUAGAGAAUGAAGUCCUGAAGGAGGAUGGAUCAAUACUUAGAAGGACAGCAAUGAGUAAAGCUAGAACCCAGAAGAGGGCUGUGGUGAAGGACCAGCAUGGAAAACGCAUUUACUUGGAGCACCUGGAGGAUGUCCCAGAAGCACUAGACCAGGACGACCUCCAGCAUGACCUCAAGCAACUCCUUCGGCAUUUCUGCAAGGAGGACUUGAAGCAAGAGGCCAAAUGAGAGGCUGUCCAGUUCUCACACCAGAAACCACACAUUCACUCGAUAUGCAACUUCCCGUUCCAUUAGAGGAGUGACCUAACUGGCUUGAUUAAUGGGAUUUCCACUUUUAGCAUAUACACUGCCUUUUGUUUGAGUUUUUCCCCAUCCUCUUUAACUGUAAACUAAUUUGUGACCAAAGAUAGCAUCCUUCAUCCUGGAUGCUGUAUCCACUCCUUUGUUGUGUCUGUGCUCACCUGGGACCUGGCCACCUCCGUUAUUCUUCUUGGCUUCUGCACAAGCUCCAUGAAAAUCCAAUGAACAGAAGAACUUCACCUGCAGACCUCUUCAAAUGACGAUACCUAGGAAUCCUUCAAAGAGAUACCCGUGUACAAUAUAUAUAGCUAAAAUGCUCAGACGAACAACGUAUUAAAACCACUGCCUGUCAUAACUACACUGGGCAUCACGGAAUUGCUGAACAGUGGUUCACUAAGAUAUUGCUAACACAAUCGAACGUAAUACAGUUCUCCUGCAAAAGAAGCACUUCAGACCUACCAUGUCCUUAGAACUUCCAGAGUAGCCCUGGCUCCUAGUGAAAGAUGGGUUAAUAACCUUGAAGAACUGUCCUAACUAAGCACUUAUUGCUGGUGCUGGCCAGCUGCGAUUGAUGACUCUCCAGCAGCCACUGAGGGAGGGGAGGACGGGAGCAGCGGCAACGAGGUGAAGCAGCGAGGUAUUCGGUUGCCAGCAGUGGCAUCCGGCAGCUGUCUAACAUCUUCAGGUCCUUUAGAUUUGGGACAUGUUGGCAGGGUAUUUUAAAAAGCUAUUACUACUGUAGUUUUCCAGUUUUCAUUGCUGCUUUAGCAAACCACGCUGUCUUAUUGGUGGUACUUUCUCCUGGCCACUGCACUGUAGAUAAAUCAUUGGAAACAAGAUUUGCCCCCUACACAAACGGUUCAACUCCUUCACCGUGUUGGAGUGGUUUCUUUUAUUUUUUUUCUUCCAGGUUUAUAUCUUCUCUAAUACCUGCAUGUAGCAUUUAAGAAUCAAACCACAGUUCAAACCCAUCUUCUAAUCACAUGGAUGGUUUUCAUUCUUUUUACCCUCAGCAAGCACUUUUCACUUUUCAGCUAGGUCUGUUUUUUAGCUUGCAGACGAGAUUGAGAAAUCCUGAAAAUUUUGGUUUGGGUUAAAAUUUUGGGUUUAUUUAUUUGAAAUCCAAACUCCCUUGGAAACCCUGAAGUGCAUUUGUGCACUUUCCUGUUUGUUUGUUUCAAAGAAGGGACUUUAAUCAUCUGAGUGAUUUCCGUGUCCUAUUCCUUAUUCCUCUAGUGGUUGAAGCUGUGUAGCAUUUUAACAUAUAUAUAUAUAUUCACAAAUAUAUUCAUAUAAACAGUAUACAUUUUGAAUCAGUUAUUUGUUAAAGAAAAGUAUAUUCAAUGAAGAUGAAAUUAAAACAUUUUGAAAACCAGAGUCUAUCCUCCAGGGAUUAAACAUUUUCGAAUUCUAUCUGGUCUUUUCCUGUUGUGCAAAAAUGACUCAUUGUUCUGAAUGUCAAAAGCAAAGACGACAAACAAUGGCAUUUCAUCAUUUCAAGUAAUUUUGCCAAGAGAGAAGAUUUCCUGGGAGGGAGGUUUCCCACAAGCCAAAUCUCCUAAGCCUCGAAUGCUAGCACGUUUGGCAGCUGGAUAGGAAAGAAAGCAUCUUUGGCAGCCAAAAUGAAGGAGGCCAGUGGUGAAACAUUUUGGACAUACCAUGGCCUCCUUGUCCACACCUUCACUGGAGCUCAAGAAAAGCAUUUCUGUUGUGUUAUUUGCAGUGCAGAUGAUGUCUGUGUAACAACAUAAUGGUUAAUCACCUUUUUUUUGAUUUUGAUUUUUGCUGUGUAAUCAAAAAACUUGAAUAAUGUGAGAAGAAGUGAAUUUUCAGUUGAUGAAUCAGCAUCUUGUUCCCAUGGUGAUAACACUAAUUGAAUAUAUCUAUGAGGGCAUGUAUUAGUUAAUGGAAAAACAUACAACACUAACAAUACCUAGCUGCAAUGUGUACAAUGGCUGAUUUAAUUAAAUAAAAUGUACAAGUGUUAA